AUGGCUCCGGUAUGGUCUCUUGAGCCAGGAUGGCAUGAGUUCGUGGAACGAACUCUGGGUUUCACUCUUUUGAUCGUUUUUUGGCGUGACUCAUCUGUGAUUCUAACAGGCUGGACGAAAAACUUGAAAGAGCCAAUGGCAGGAAGUGUCUGGGCUCCUGGAAAGUUGGCACUGGCAUUCUAUGGAGGUCUAUGGAGUUACGCUGGCUGGGAUAUUCUGAACUAUGGAACACCUGAAAUUGAGAAGCCGACACGCACCAUGCCUCUUUCACUGAUCUCGGGUAUCUUAAUCGUCUGCAUCACUUACGUGGCCAUCAACAUAUCAUACUUCGUCGUGUUAACGCCGGAUGAAAUGAAGAACAGCACUGCUGUGGCGGCA